GACAAGAUGAAGACCAGCAGCCUCUUGGUCCUGGCGGUGUUCCUCAUCCUUGGGCUGCUGGCAGUAGAGGCAGCUGUCAAAGGAGUUCCCGUUGAUGGUCAAGGCACUGGCAAAGGUCACGUUCCAUUCAAAGGACAAGAUCCCCUCAAAGGACAAGUUUCAGGAAAAACUAAAGAUCCAAUCAAAGGGCAAGGUCCAGUCAAACGUCCGGGCCUCACUAAGCCUGGCUCCUGCCCCAACAUUAUGAUUCGAUGCGCCAUGCUUAACCCCCCAGACCUCUGCGGGAGCGACGCCGAGUGCCCGGGGUCCAAGAAGUGCUGUGAGGGCGCUUGCGGGAAGGCCUGUUUGAACCCCCAGUGAGGUGGACUCUGUCCUUGCUGCACCUGUCCAGUCCCCAGGGCUGCAGGCCCCCAUCUGAUCCUAGGUGUCUGGAGCCCUACCCAUC